AUCAGCAGAGUGUUAUCUGAUUGCCCUAAAGGUCAGUUAAAGCAUGGUGACAAAUGCUGUAAGCCAGUGUUACACUGUCCAUCAGGUUCUUAUGUGAAAACGUGUGAGCUGAAUGAUAACUGUGACGAGUGUUUGCCUUGUCCCCCUGAGACUGAAAACCCAUUCAUCACGUCAUCAUCUGAUGUUAAAAAAUGCUAUAAAAACGACUGCCUCACAGGUUUCUUUCGAACCUCUGAAGUCGAGUGUCAGUGUGCCUUUCAUGCUGGUUACAUAGUAACAGAGGACAAAAAGUCCUGUCAAAAAAUUGAUCACGGAUGUCAGCCAGGACUGGAAUUAAACUUUCGAGGCAGAUGCGAGACUUGUGCAGACGACCAUUACAAAUACUGGAUUGGACAUGGUUACUGUAUUAAACAUUUCGAUUGUUUCAAGAUACAACACUCCAUAAUACCUGGAAAUCAUAUAAUCCCUGCCACAUGUCUUGACUUCAAUGAUACAUGUUCUCCAAACGAAAGAUUCCCACCAUUGCCUCCAGGCCUGAAACCAACAGCAUCCCCAAUUCCAUUCAUAGAGACAACAACAACAACGCCCUCUAUUCCAGAGAAAAGAAUGACAACAGUACCUUCAAUAGAAACAACAGAAAAGAAUCCUACACCUGGCAUAACUGAGAUGACCACCAAGAAUUUCUCUGAAUGUCCUCAGGAUUGCUCCAAAAAAAAUAAGCAGUUACUGUAUUUCAUUGGUGUACUCAUUAUAAUUAUCGCCAUACAAGCUGCCUACAUGGUACGAAGAACAUGUAAGUAUAACUUGCAAUAUUUUCCUAUAUCAAACUGAUCACAACCAACAAAAAUUUGCCACACCCUACAUAUAUACAGCCAUGUAUAAAUAGCUCUACGGGUCACUCUACACAGAAGCUCCAGGACACACCAAUCACAUCAACAAGUUUGUCAAUUGUUCUGCGUGAUCCUUCUAGAUCAGUUCAU